CAUUGUGAAGUUUUGAUUUUUCCUGUGCCAUGGAGGGAUUCUGGUUCUCGGAGGAAAGUGCUGCGUAAAUUGAAGAGACCCAAGCGAAACCGAAAAUAUGCGCUCCUGGGGGAACUGGGAGUGGUGCGGAAAACUGGGCCAGGGCGGAUUCGGCGAGGUGAACCACUGGCGGCACAAGACUACUGGCCGCGAAAUCGCCACCAAGCACAUCUUGGAUUUGGAAUCCCUAACGGCCGAUCAGCAGGUCAAACUCAGCGAGCGCUGGAACAAGGAGUUUAACUGGGCUCGCCAGUUUCAGCAUUUUCCCCACAUUGUGGCCGGGGUGAUCCUGGACGAGGAGGAUGCGGCCUAUCUCAAUGACAGGCACAUUGCAAAGCUGCCUGUGAUCGUGCUUGAGUACUGCAACGGUGGCGAUGUGAGGAAGAGACUGCAGAGUCCGGAGAAUGUCAAUGGACUGGUGGAGUUCGAGGUGCGCCAGAUCCUAGGAGCUCUGCGCAAGGCCCUGCACUUCCUGCACUCCGAAUGCGGGAUAUGCCAUCGCGACUUAAAGCCAGAUAAUAUCGUUAUCCAACGCGGAGCCGAUGGCACAAAGGUCUAUAAGCUUACCGAUUUUGGGCUAGCGCGUGGAGCUCCGGAUAAGACAAUGCUUCAGAGUGUUGUGGGCACACGGCAUUACUUUGCCCCCGAGGUGGUGGAGUCGGGCUUUUACAACUCGGCCGUGGACUACUGGUCACUGGGGAUCAUUGCCUACGAGCUAGCCACUGGCGAGCUUCCAUUCAUCCCCCAUCAAACGCCAAAAAACAUAUUGAUAAGCCUGCUUGGAAAGCCGUUCGAAUGUAUUGCCAUAACGGAGGAUCCAGACAGUAAGGGUCGUUUCGUGAAUCAAUUUCAACUGCCCCAAGAACACCAUCUGUCGCGGGCUUGGGCCGAGAAGUUCACCAAAUGGCUGCGCCUCCCGUUGAACACAAACUAUAAGCAACGAGGCCAACUAGCAACUGAUGAAGUACAAUCAGUUCCAGUCGUCUUCACUGAGCUAGACGAGCUGCUCAGCACAAAGGUGCUUACAAUUUUUGCCGUCAAUUGCUGCAAGGAACUUGCGUAUGUGGUUACACCUGAGAUGACCAUGCCCGAUCUAAUUGGCUUGAUGGUUCGGGACACCGGAAUGAAAGGAAAUGAAUUGUAUUGCGUGCUGCCCACUUUCCAUCCGCACAAGAUGAUGAGGCCUAACACGAGGCCUUGGGAUCUGUAUGUAGAGGAGUGGAGUGACACCAGCAAGGACUCGCGCAAGUGGGCCAAGCGCAAUAUUCCGCCUGUGAUGUUAUACGUCUUUCAGGGAAAAAAGGAUUGUGACUACAGGGUACCCGAGCCCAGUCUGUCGGUAUUGGCUCGAAAGUUUAUGUCCAAGAAGAUUGUGGCAGAGGAAAGAUGGCUGCUCAAACGUGUGGCUAUGGACAUGCUCUUUGUGCUAACCAAGGAGCAGGCGAUCUGUGAAAUGUUUCUGUCCGGCGUUAACGAGCAUGCGUUGUCGUUGGAGGAUGAAAUAGUCGCCAAUACGUAUAUAAACACUAUAAAUGCGGAGCUCCUCACAGCCUCUUACGCCUACGAACAGUUGAAGAAGUUGCGAUCGGCAGCACAUGUGAUUAUCGAUUGUUCAGAGUGGCAGAAGCUAGCGCACAAACAUGACGAUAUUAUAAUAAAGACCAAAGAGAUUAAGUCUCAUUUCGAAUCCAACUUGCGCGGGGCCCAGGGCAUGGUGAAAAGCGCCAAUCAACUCUUAAAGGAUCUCGUCGGCAAAGAUAUUUUCGAUGCCAAUCGAUUUUACAAGCAAUAUUUUUGCAAUGGUGGAGUAAUUUCGCCGGAUGAAUUGAUGAAAGCGUCCAUUGAGUUCGCUAAAACUCGUACCCUGUUACAAAAUAAGGUCACAGCGCUGUCCAAGGCUAUCGAUCCGCUGCACUUCUAUUUUUUAAAGAACAAGGAGUUCGUUCCGGUCCUUUUCAAAUUAUUUCAGGAAAUCAAGAGUGAUAUAUUUGCGCUGCAUUUGAAGAUGCUGUCGCCAGUUUCAGUCGCUCCACCUCCGAUGCUCCAGCUGAGCGCAGCAAUGGACCGUAUGACCAUGAGCUCUGGCUUACCCAGCUCGGAUCCCUUUGACUCUCUAGGCACGAUCAGUGUUAUCGAUGAGGCUGAAAGGAUUAACAGCUUGCUUGUUCGUGAAAUGGAUGUCGACCACUGCUAAACCUUCCUGUUUAUCACGAAAUUUAAUCAAACCGGCAUCACUUCGUGACCUUAUGACAUUUUUGAUUUUAUUUUGUUAUCGCAAUUGGAUAUUUUUUAUAGCUUUAAAGGUUUCACAGAAACUGUAAUGCACGUCUUUCAUCUGAGACCGCUUUGUAUUUUGUUCUGUAAUAAUUAUUUUGUU